AUGGCUAGCAGAACUCAGUUUGAAAAUAGCAACGAGGUCGGGGUGUUCUCCAAAUUGACCAACUCAUACUGUCUUGUCGCCGUGGGCGGCUCCGAGAAUUUCUACUCCGCCUUUGAGGCCGAGCUUGGAGACGUCAUCCCAAUAGUAAGAACCACCAUUGCCGGUACCCGUAUUGUCGGUCGUAUGACUGCUGGAAACAGACGUGGUCUUUUGGUGCCUACGCAAACCACGGACCAGGAGUUGAUGCAUUUGAGAAACUCGUUGCCAGACAGUGUGAAGAUUCAGAGAGUCGAAGAGAGGCUCUCCGCCUUGGGAAAUGUCAUUUGUUGUAACGACUAUGUGGCGCUUGUGCACCCCGACAUUGAAAGAGAAACCGAGGAGUUGAUUGCAGACGUACUUGGUGUGGAGGUGUUUCGUCAGACCAUUGCAGGUAACGUGUUGGUAGGUUCCUACUGUUCCCUUUCUAACCAGGGCGGCCUAGUUCACCCACAGACAAGCAUCCAGGACCAAGAGGAGUUGUCCUCGCUUUUGCAAGUGCCACUUGUGGCUGGUACUGUGAACAGAGGUUCUUCUGUUGUUGGUGCAGGUAUGGUUGUAAACGACUGGUUGGCCGUGGCUGGUUUGGAUACCACUGCACCAGAGCUUUCGGUGGUGGAAUCCAUCUUCAGGUUGCAGGAUGCCCAGCCUGAUGCUAUCGCGGGCAACUUGAGAGACACUUUGAUUGAAACUUACACGUAA